AGUAUCCCCUGUGCUUAAUUACUGGAGGUUUGUGCAGGUCCUCAGCCCUGUGGCCCUCACCUCCCAGGGCUGUGGCCUGGGUCUUUACCAGCGGGGACCUGCAGAAUUGUGUCGGGAAGUUGCAUUUCCUGGGCUAGGGCCCCCCAGCAAUCAGGAAUGAGAGAAAUGCAGAAAGUAUGACCCACACGCGGAACUGGUUCUGAAUAGAACGUUUAUUGACGAAGUUUUGCAGGAGGCGGCGGGCGCUUUAAUUCCCGAGGCUGUUGGUGGCAGCUCACUGCUCACCCCAAGCCUGUUAACUGCUGGGCUGCCAGUGCUGGGGACAAUGCGGCUGCCCGGCCCCUUGCCACCCUCGUGGUGCCCGGAUGGGAGCCCUCCUGAGGAAAGCGAAUCUCCCUGGGGUGCCCUCCCCAGGCAGCAAUGCCAGGAUGCCCGUGUCCACCUCCCUCCACCAGGAUGGCAGCCAGGAGCGGCCGGUGAGCCUGACCUCUACCACCUCCUCGUCGGGCUCCUCCCGUGACAGUCGCAGUGCCAUGGAGGAGCCCAGCGGCUCUGAGGCUCCUGCUGAGAAUGGGGCAGGCUCCCCAAGAGACCGGCAUCUCCCCAAUAGCAACAACAACUCCAGCAGCUGGUUGAACGUGAAGGGGCCCCUCUCCCCAUUCAACAGCCGGGCGGCGGCAGGGUCUGCGCACCACAAGCUCAGCUACCUGGGCCGAGUGGUGCGGGAGAUCGUGGAGACGGAGCGCAUGUAUGUGCAGGACCUGCGCAGCAUCGUGGAGGACUACCUCUUGAAGAUCAUCGACACGCCCGGGCUGCUGAAGCCAGAACAGGUCAGCGCCCUCUUUGGGAACAUAGAAAACAUCUACGCACUGAACAGCCAGCUCCUCAGAGACCUGGACAGCUGCAAUUGUGACCCCGUGGCUGUGGCCAGCUGCUUUGUGGAAAGGAGCCAAGAGUUUGAUAUCUACACCCAGUAUUGCAACAAUUACCCCAACUCCGUGGCCGCCCUGACGGAAUGCAUGAGGGACAAGCAGCAGGCCAAGUUCUUUCGGGACCGGCAGGAGCUGCUGCAGCACUCACUGCCCUUGGGCUCCUACCUGCUGAAGCCGGUCCAGCGCAUCCUCAAGUACCACCUGCUGCUGCAGGAAAUUGCCAAGCAUUUUGAUGAAGAAGAGGAUGGCUUUGAGGUGGUGGAGGAUGCCAUUGACACCAUGACCUGUGUGGCCUGGUACAUCAACGACAUGAAAAGGAGGCAUGAGCAUGCAGUCCGGCUCCAGGAGAUUCAGUCACUCCUCAUCAACUGGAAGGGGCCCGACCUGACCACCUACGGGGAGCUUGUCCUGGAGGGCACGUUCCGCGUGCAUCGCGUGCGCAAUGAAAGGACCUUUUUCCUCUUUGACAAAACACUGCUUAUCACCAAGAAGCGGGGCGAUCACUUUGUCUACAAGGGCAACAUCCCGUGCUCCUCCCUGAUGCUGAUCGAAAGCACCAGAGACUCCCUGUGCUUCACUGUCACCCACUACAAGCACAGCAAGCAGCAGUACAGCAUCCAGGCCAAGACGGUGGAGGAGAAACGGAACUGGACUCACCACAUCAAGAGGCUCAUCCUAGAGAACCACCAUGCCACCAUUCCCCAGAAGGCCAAGGAAGCCAUCUUGGAAAUGGAUUCCUAUUAUCCCAAUCGGUACCGCUAUAGCCCAGAGCGGCUGAAGAAGGCUUGGUCCUCCCAGGAUGAGGUGUCCACCCAUGUGCGCCAGGGGCGCCGGCAGUCUGAGCCAACCAAACACCUGCUCAGGCAACUCAACGAGAAAGCCCGAGCAGCAGGAAUGAAGGGAAAGGGGCGCAGGGAGUCUGAAGGCUCCAGGAGCAGCAGAAGGCCCAGUGGUCGGUCUCCAACCAGUGCUGAGAAGCGCAUGAGCUUCGAGUCCGUUUCUUCCCUGCCAGAGAUUGAGCCGGACCCUGAGGCUGGGAGUGAGCAAGAGGUAUUUGCUGCUGUGGAAGGGCCCAGUGCCGAGGAGAUGCCCUCAGACACAGAAUCUGCAGACGUCCUGGAGACACCGCUUGACGCCCACCAGGGGCUUCUGGGGAUGGACCCCCCGGGUGACAUGGUGGGCUUCGUGGCGGCUGAGAGCACUGAGGACCUUAAGGCCCUGAGCAGUGAGGAGGAAGAAGAAAUGGGGGGUGCCGCCCAGGAGCCUGAAAGCCUUCUGCCACCCUCCGUGCUGGACCAGGCCAGUGUCAUUGCGGAGCGGUUUGUUAGCAGCUUCUCUCGGCGGAGCAGCGUGGCACAGGAGGACGGCAAGUCCAGUGGCUUUGGGAGCCCACGGCUGGUCAGCCGGAGCAGCAGCGUGCUCAGCCUGGAGGGCAGUGAGAAGGGCCUGGCGCGGCGUGGCAGUGCCACAGACUCCCUCAGCUGUCAGCUCUCCCCAGAAGUGGACAUCAGUGUGGGGGGGCGCACAGAGGACAGCCUUUCUGUCAAUGGGAUGGAGUCCCCAAGCCCAGGCUGCCCAGUGGAGCCCGACUGGUCUUCCUGCAAGAAGAAGGAAUCAGCGCUCUCCACCCGAGACCGGCUGUUGCUAGACAAGAUUAAGAGCUAUUAUGAAAAUGCAGAACACCACGAUGCGGGCUUCAGUGUCCGUCGCCGGGAGAGCCUCUCCUACAUCCCCAAAGGACUGGUAAGAAACUCCGUCUCCAGAUUCAACAGCCUUCCUCGGCCAGACCCAGAGCCGGUACCUCCAGUGGGGCGCAAGAGACAGGUGGGCUCCCGGCCGACUUCGUGGGGGCCCCGCGGCCCACCCGUCAACAGGAGCCACUCGGUGCCGGAGAACAUGGUGGAGCCGCCUCUGUCGGCCAGGGUGGGCCGCUGCCGCAGCCUGAGCACCAAGAGGGGCCGGGGAGGCGGAGAGGCUGCCCGAUCCCCUGGGCCUCUGCCCCAGAGCAAGCAGGACGGAGGCGAGACCCUGUAUGUCACUGCAGACCUCACCCUUGAGGACAACCGGCGGGUGAUUGUCAUGGAGAAGGGACCCCUUCCCGGCCCCACGGCGGGGCUAGAGGAGAGCAGUGGUCAGGGACCAAGCUUGCCGGGGGCCCUGCUGGGGCAGGGCCAGGACUUCCAGCAGUCUGCAGAGUGUCGGCUGAAGGAAGAGGGUCCCAGGGACCCGGCAGACCCGAGCCAGCAGGGUAGAGUGAGAAACCUCAGAGAGAAGUUCCAGGCCUUGAACUCUGUUGGUUGAUGCUGACUCCUAGGGGAGGGAGGAGUCAUGUUGGAGGUUGGGGAAGAAUCUGGGCAUCCUUCCCCUCAAGCCUGGGCUCAUGGAGCCCCUGCCCAGGGUCCCCUCUGCCCUUCGGGAAGGAUGCUCCCGUGUGCAGGGGUCUCCUGCCUGUGCCAUCCGCUGGGGCUCGAGACAACUUCCCACUCACCUAUGAGGCUGGUGUGGCUGCUUCCCUUGUAAAUAGUUCUUUUCUGGUAAGAAGCCAAAUAUCGAAGCUCACCUCUUCCCAGAGAGCAAGCUUUGCUCAGGCCUGCAGCGUUGGCUGGCCAUGGCCACAGCCAGACCGAGGAGCCCACCCCCAGCGAGACUCAGGCAGUGGCCUGGAGAGGCUUUACUCUGUAACUGUGGCUUUUCUUAGGGUCCAGGUAGGAAUGAAGCCGAUAAUUUAUUGCUUUCCAUUCUGUGGUAUGAUGUGCGCGUGCGUGAGUGUGCGGCCUCUGUUUAUUCCCCUCCUGUCAAGAAUGAAGUGGAUGCAGUUCAGGUACUUUUGAGGGUUGUUGCGCUGACCCUGUGGUUGUCGCUGAUGUACACACAUUUCAUUAUUUGCCAAUGGUGCAAUAACCACUGCUGACCAACCCA